AGCCCGCUGGUAAAACAAAAGACGCCCCCGCUCCUGCUCCCGACAUGCUUUGCGUCGCGGAGUGGGAUGGGGGAGCUGCCUCGCUGUCUCCCAUUGGUCAAGACGCUGUUCCAAGGCUUGCGUAGAAGUUAUCUUGGCUGUGGCCGUAUACCUGGCGGCAUGGCAGCUUCGCAAGGGUUGGAGGGGGCGAGAAGGAACGACCAUGGAGGCUAUAUUUUGGAGCCACUCUCUCUGCCAGAAUGUCCAGGUGGCGUUUCUGCUGUAGAAGGCUCUCCAUCUGUGCCUUGUCUAUUCUGUGAAGAAUAUUCUCUGGUAUCAGAACAAAACCAACUUCUGAAGCACAUGAUUAUAGAGCACAAGCUUGUCAUAUCAGACGUCAAGCUGGUUGCAGAUUUUAGGAGAUAUGCAUUGUACUGGAAGAAAAGAUUCACAGAGCAACCCAUUACAGACUUUUGUUGUGUAAUAAGAACAAAUUCGGAAGCACCUUUAGAGGACCAAGACAAUUAUUUUCUUUUAUGUGAUGCUUUGCCUGAAGACCGAACACUAAGGGAGGAGCUCCAACAGCAGAGACUGAGAGAGAUUCUGGAGCAACAGCAGCAAGAAAGAUACAAUGCAGACUUUCAUGGGGGAUGCAUGUUCUGCGAUAAGGAAUUUACUGGUAACAGAUCAGUCCUUCUCAAUCACAUGGCCAAUGAGCACGCGUUCAAUAUUGGGCUGCCAGAUAACAUUGUAAAUUGUAAGGAGUUCUUGGAUCUUCUACAGAAGAAACUUGACAGUUUGCUGUGCCUGUAUUGUGAAAAAACAUUUCGAGAUAAGAACACACUCAAGGAUCACAUGAGAAAGAAGCAGCAUCGUAGAAUCAAUGCCAAAAACAGAGAAUAUGACAGAUUUUAUAUUAUUAAUUACCUGGAAUUUGGAAAGUCCUGGGAAGAGGUUCAGUCAGAAGAUGACCGAGAAUUGUUAAACAGCCAGGAAGAAGACUGGUCUGACUGGGAAGAACAUCCUGUUUGUGUGGUCUGCCUCUUCUGUGAGAAGCAGACGGAGACCACAGAAAAGCUCUAUGUUCACAUGGAGGAGGCCCAUGGAUUCGGCCUGCUAAAAAUUAAGUCUGAGCAUGGUUUGAAUUUCUACCAGCAAGUAAAAUUAGUGAACUUCAUCAGGAGAGAGGUCCACCAGUGUCAGUGUUACAGUUGCCAGGAGAAAUUCCAUUCAAAAAAGGAGUUGGUAAAUCAUAUGGAAGAGACCAAACAUAUAGCGCUUCUGCCAGCCAGAUCCAUGUGGGAUCAGCCCCAGUAUUAUUUUCCUACCUAUGAAAAUGAUACUCUUCUCUGUGCGCUCUCGGACAGUGAGGAUGAAUUGAUAGCUGGGAAACAGAGAGAGGAUGUGCCUGUCAUCAGCGAGGAUGUUUCUAACAUAAAGACUUUGAAACAGUGCAGUGUGUUAAAUCAGCUUCUUCGUGAGGAGAUAAAUAAUGAAGAACCUUGAUGUCAGAUGAAACUUUUUUCUUGGUAUGCAGACAGCUACUUUUUGCAAGGAACAAUUUGAUUUGGUAAUUUACCAGUGCAAUUUGAGUCCGUAACCCCAAUAGACCAACUCUCUGAAUGGUAAGCUGAAAUUAAAAAUAAAAUAAAAAAGCAUUUUAAAAAACCCAAA